AUGGUGAAGCGCAGCGCGAAUCCCCGCGCCCCCAACCCGUCGAUUCCUAAGGGGGAGAAGAUUAUGAAGAGGAAGAAGAAAAGCGCGAAGCGUCUCCUCUCCGCUCCGGGCGCCGCAGCUCAGAAAUCAGCCCAGGCCGUUUUAGAGAACCCUUUCGAGAACAUAUAUUCCCGUCGGAAGUUGGAUGUCAUCGGCAAGAAGCGGAAGGGCGAGGACCGCAGCGUUGGCUUGGCGCGGUCUCGGGCUGUUGAGAAGGCAAAUAUCUCGUUUGCUUCUUAUUUCCACAACUUCGAUUUCUCAUUAUUCCACUAAAAACCUCCUUCCUUAAAUUGUGGUCUCUCUCUCUCUCUCUCUCUCUCUAAUUAGAUUCGCCAGAAUCGUAUUGGAUAAUAAUCAGCACUUGUAAAACUAAUUUUAAUAUAGUUGUGUUGUUGACUCGGGCAGAGAAGGAAGACUCUUUUGAAGGAUUAUGAGCAGAGCCGUAAAUCCUCCAUGUUCGUUGAUAAACGCAUUGGCGAAGCUGACAAUGCGUUAGGUGAAUUUGAUAAGGGCAUACUGCGUCUGCAACGCGAGCGUCAGGUAACUUUGUGUUCAUCCGGUUCGGUUUGCUUCCUUUAGUUUAGAUUAUAGACAUAAAUUCGAUGAUAUCAAAUAUAGGUCUUUGACCCAUCCACUUUUCCAACAGCUAAUCAUUUUAGCAUUCUCCUUAUCGUCUACAUUUAGACUGAACACCUUUUAACCCUCGGCAUCAUCGAACUGCUCAACAGAGAAUAAAGUUUGAAAAGCGUAUGAACGAGAAGCUGGAGUUCAAUGCUCUUUUUUCUGAGUUUAUGAUUUCCCAUUUCACGAAACUCCAAGUUAUCUAAUUCUUUAUUGGAUCUUACUUUCUCACAAUAAUUUCCAGCAUCGUUCUAAAAAUGCCAAAUUUAACAGAGGUGGAAGAAAGAACUUAUUUGGUUUUACUUCAUUAUGUUCUUGAAUUUCAUGCCCCAAAGUAGAACGGUCGUUUUGUGUUAUUUGUGGUAAAUUGGGAUAGUUAGCUAAGGUUUCUUGUUAUGAAAAUGUACAGAGCUUCGUGGGUUUGGGAGGGUUGGUAUGUUAGCAUAGCUGAGUCUGGCCUAGAACAUCUUGGUGCAGCGUGUGACAGUAUUUUUCCUGGGACCUUUAAGGGACGUAUGCACCUUUGCUUUUUUGGAAAUUUGAUGAAUACGUGAAAUAUGCUUCUUUAGAGAAUCAUACCGUUAUUCGCCACAUCUCUCAUUUUUUUUUUCUUUCUGCAAUCCAUAUAAAAAAUGAUGAUCUUAUCUCUUAAUAGGUGAUUCAUUUCUUCUUUCAAUUCAUCACUACAUAUCUUAGUCAUAUAUUCACUUAAUUUGCCCCUAUUCUGCUACUCUGAUGGAUUGUCGAUUUGUUUCUCAAUGGCUUUGGGGAAAUUGUGUUCGAACCUCUAUUGUUCCUUUGUUAUUUUAAUUUUCUUUCACAUUUUAUGCUUUCUUAUAUCAUAUUCUGGUCAAAUUUCUUGAUAUUGAAGAGCUUAGUUUGAACAUUCGGAAAUGCUUAUCUUCUCUUAUUCAUCUAUAGGUCAUUUUAUUUAUUUUCAGAAAUUUUCUUGCAAUCCUAACAUCUAAAAAUGUGUAUUCUCUCUGGGCUGUAGCCUUGUGGUUUCCGCCCUCGUCCUUUUUUUUUGCAAAGAUAACUCUAUCGAUGUGUAAUAUUUCUUGAGGAUCACAUUUACCGUUAUUGUAUUGCUUAAUGCGGUGAGGUUUAAUCUUAAAAUGCAUAUAGGAAUGGAUUAGGCAUGUAUCCUCUGUUAAGGAUGGAGUAAAAAUAAAAAAAAUAAUCUGAAAAGAAUUUGCUCUUAUGAAUGUCCAUUGCUUGCGAUGUACACAUAAAGACGGUCACUGAUAAUCUAUGCCUCUAGAACGAGUUCUUGUAAGAUUCUCGCCUCCAGUUGAUCAAAUAUCUAGUUAUGAGUUAAAUGGUACUACUACUUUCAAAAAUCCAACAUUCUUGCCCAGUUAUCUUCAGGAGAAGCAGUUCACUUAAUUUGAUUGGAAAAUGUUUGUGCUGUUGCAGUGUGAUGUGAAAGAGAUUUUUUAACUGGUUUCUUUUUCUCCUUGAAGUUUCAUAAACUCCUUAUCAAGUAAAAUUAUCCACUUUGUGAGAGAAAUUCAUUUAUUAUCAUAAGCCACCACCCAAUGAGUAAAUAUGGACUGACUAGGUAACUGAAUGUGUUGAGAGAAAUCCUGAUUCUAUGGAGAGCAUGUGAACCAGUUUAAAAGACAUGACGUUUUUUCUUAUUCACAUCUCUUUUCUAAUCGAAAAUUAGGCUAUUCAUACUUUAUAGUGUAGCCAAAUGAUAACAGAUGGAUCAAAUUUCCACCCUCAUAAAAUCAUAGGUGAAGCGAAAUACAUUUAAGCAAUAAAUUCCAUUUUCAUUCAGAGAGCAUGUUCAUUAUUCCUUUUUCAACAAAGCACCAUUUCCUCAUGUGAGAGAUUUAAUGCAUAUGUGACAUAAGAUGAAGGCCUUUUUUUAUUUAAUUUUUUCCAGCAAAAGUUGAAGAAGGUGAAUAAAUAUAAACUAUCUGAUGGAGAGGAAGAUGAAUCUGAACAUUACAAGGGGAAGCUUUUGUCAGAUGUAGAUGAUUUCCAGGAUGAUGUUCCUUUAGACGAUGAUGAGGCUGACUACAUUCAGAGUAUGUUGUGCUUUUCUUUCCCCUUAUUCUUGUACAUCAUAUUUCUUUUUUGAGUGGGAUAGCCUUGUUGCCACUUAGAUGUGGUGGUAAUGAUCAUUCAACUUUCUUCAUUCCCAAUCAAAAAACGUGAGGUGAAAAUUACUUACUAAGUGUUAAUAUAACAUCAUUGCAGCAUAAAAUGCAGCUUGAGAUUGAUUUGAAAUGCUGAGUGGCCAGAAUGUUCUGUCAUUCUAUUUUAGACAGCCAUAUUUCAUUAUAGUAAAUUGUUCUUAAUUCAGUCACUUGAAACUUUCAAAUAGUUUCUCAAAUUGAUGGAGAGCUCAAGUUCCCUUUGCUCAUUAAAUUUCACUUUAUAUUUUCUGAUUUCUGUCCUUAAUUUAUAACUGGGAUUCAUGAAUAGGCAAUCGUCGGUCAUGAUUUCUGUCUGAUUUCAGCCUGGAUGCCUAUUUUCAGAAGGAUAUUACGUUACAUCUGUCAUCCAUACUUCGCGUCCAUAAUAUCCUAUAUUAUAGGUUGACUUCUUUCUAUAACUGAACCUGAGGCCAUGGAAUGACCAAACUUAGUUGCUUGAGUCCUUGCAACUUAUUUUCUCGUGGUAAAUCCCAUAAAGCUAAGACAGUAAAAGGGGAUCCUAGUUUGCUUUGUAUCACACUCUCAUCUUGUAUGUCGUCCUACCUAUUCCUCAUAGGUUCGUUUCUUCCAGUAAUUAAGGCAGAAACUCUGGAUUAUGCGAAAUCAAUUCGUUGAAAAAAUUUUAAUCUAUAAUUUUGAAAAGUAAACCUUAUAAUCUAAUACCAUACAGGAUGAUUGUACAAUAAUUGAUAUUCAGUUGUCACGAAAUGGGGUAUUUGAAAGGGUUUAUUUUUAGCAAAUGCAUCCUUUGGCCGUCUUCUAGUGAAUAUACUGUGUCUAAAUGAUUUUUCUAGUACACAGAAUUUUUAAGCAUACAUUUCUCAUCUUCUAUAUUCUUAUGUGUUCCUACUUGUGCCACCACAUCUUUCCCAUGAGCAACUGGAUGAGGAAGGAAAAGGAGAUUCAAAACCUUUAUUUCGAUGUGUGCUGUUAACAUUCAUAUUGUUUUAUUUUUCAGAGGAUUCUGCGGCCAUGAGGCAUUUAAAUUAUCAAAGCACACAUGAGCCGUUGGAACCUAGCUUGCUAGAAGAAGAAAAUGUGAGAUGAACUGGAAUUUAUCUACUUAUUAUGUCCGUGUUGCUUCAUCCGAUACUUGUUUAAAAACAGUAGUUUACCAACCUGUUCCUAUGUCUGCUACCGUGUCUGAGCUCGUUACUUUCUUCCUAAAAAUUUCGUGUUUUACAUGGCAGAUCCUUUUCCUUGAGACAAUUUUUACAAAUACUUAAUCAUUUUUAUAUUUAUUAUCUAUUCCUUACUGUUGCGUUGGCAUCGAAAUUCCGAAUAAGAAGGUGUAGUACAUCAAUAUUGACUCUCAGCCCCAGACUGCAUACUCGUUAGUUCGUUUUGAAUUCUAAUUAGUGGUGACGUAUGUAUACGACUGUUGGGAUGACUUCUGCAAUUAAAAUUACUGCUAGAGUAUUGAACCAUGUCUUUAUCUGUUGAUGCAUUUAAAGACAUUUUCGUUAUUUCCCUUCGGAGUGCAUUAUCAUAUCUCCUAUAUAAUCUGGACAAAUUUCAGUUUUUGCGGAGGUGCGAACCUAGCUCACAAUUAUCAUGGUGUCUUUCUUCAAAUUUUCGAUUAAUAGUAUGAUGAUAAUUUUCAACCUGCCGAUCACAACUUGGCUUUUAAUGUGCGAACAAGAGACUGCCUUUUUGGCCUUUCCGUCCAUGCUACUGUUAAUUGUAUGUUUGUAAAUGACGGAAGUUUCUAACUUAUUUUGAUGUUUUCCCUCAAAAAUUCAGCUGGAAGAAAAUAGAGGAAGCUUAAACUUUUAACUCUUUUGUGAAUUUUGUGCUGUGCCAAGUAAAUUCUAGGAUGCAUGGUCAGGUUCAAAAGUCCUCUUUAUGUUUGUCAAAGGACGAAGACAUUUUUUUUUUCAAUGACUUUUCCAUGGCAAAAUAAUGAAAUGUAAGCCUAGGAGAAGACCUGAAUGGAAGUAAAAAUGGACGAUUUCAUAGCAUUGCUUCUGGUGACGAGCAUUCAAGUGUGUAAUUCAAUGGGCAUUGCCCUUCGAAGGAAAUUUUUAAUCAGAUCAUGCGUGAGAGUAUAUGAGUUAGGAGAGGGUGAUUAGUUUGGCGGGAUAACAUUGUGCUGAACAAACUUUCCAGUCGAUGAUGUUUUUUCUUGCAGAAAACUUAAUCGAGAGAGGCCUUGAAGAAGAUAGGCUUUGGAAAUAAAAGUUCUUUUUUUGUGGUCUCUUCACCGAAAAUACUGCUCAUGCUUUCGCUGCUCAUGUGUUUUCCUGGUUUUCCUGAGAAUUAUCUUAUUAUCCUUAGGGGUUCAGUGUAAAGACAAUAAUGAUUUAGUUUUUUUCUCUGAAAUUGGAAUAUCAAUAAAAUCCGAAAAUCAUUAAACAACUGUGGUUGCUUCGGCUACACACCGUCUUCUGAGUAAUUUGAUAUGUUGGCAAACAAGAAGAUUCCAGUUUACGUCAUUCAAGCAGCUCUUCACUAGAACUGGUAGAUCUGCCAAGGAUUGGUUAGUUGCUGCAAUUUUGGUUAUUCUGAAUCGUAUUUGUCCCUGUAUUGACCAUAUCAUGCGGUCUGCAGAGUUCCGUGAAUUCUACGAUCUACUAAAUUAGUUUGUCCUUGGGAAAAUACCAAUUUGAAUUAAAAAUAUUACGAAUAUUUUUGAUAAUACGAUCUACCAAGUUUCGAAUCGUAUUUUCUACCAAGCAUCUUACUUUAGUUGACCCCUCCGCCUCCCCCUAUGUUCCGUUACUUCAUCCUACCCAUUAUCUGAGGGGAGAUCAAGCAGGCGUAUGCUGGGGAGGGAGGAGGAUAUUAAGUUGUCAGCAGGAUAGACGAAUUAUUUUCUUCCUUCUCUUCUUUCUUCCUCUGGUAUCAUGCCAUGCAUGGUUCCAAGGAGACGCCUGAAUAAAUGGGAGAGGAGGAAACGUGGAGGGAUGAAAGUCAUAGGAAGAGGAACUCCUGAAGAUAUAGAUGGAACUCUAAAAGAAUUUAUUCUGUAAAUUACAUUGUGCAAACCUUCAGGGAUGGUGUAUAAAGAAUUGGAACAGGAAGUUCACGUGUGGAAGCCACAUCCUAUGAGGAGUAGGAUCAUCUAUUGAAAAUCUCAUGGAAAUAUAACUUGUCUUCAGCAAACAAGCUAUUGUCAGGAUGCCCCACUUUCACACGUGCCAGUGUGCAGCUUGUACAUUCUUUCUCUUACAUACAUUCGUGGAUCUACUGUACUAUCGAUAUUGUCAAAAUUCUACCAUAUUAAGGUCUGUCCUACUUCCCAUGACGUAUAAAGCUAUUUUGAGAUGACCAUUGAUUGCGUGGAACCUUAUAAUACUCUUGGGCUGAUACUGGAGUCCUGCAGCAGUAAGUGAACGUAGCCAUCACGUUGUUGAUGGAGUCGCGGGACUACUAUAAAAUUUUGUCUACAGCGUCUUUUCUCUUCUGAUUCUUUCUCAUCGCUCUUGACUCAUAUUAGUUAAGGUUUUACCUAAUUCUCAACAAGGUGCGAAUUAAAUGAAGUUAAGGCAGAUUCAGAGUCACAGGUGUAAUGUUGUAUUAACAAACCUCUCAAUUUAUUAGUGGCUGGAUAGGCAUUAACGAAACUAAUCUAAUUUUUGGCUAGUCAUCCUGUUUUGAAUUUUAAAAGACAAUUCCAAUAAAUUAUUUUAGCUUGUUCCAAUCGCAUGUAUCAGGGUGUCCUCUUGGAUAUCCUUAAAAAAUUGUCCUUUAAUCUGUGUUUUAUGCAACAAAAGGAUUUCUGGCUUGCUUCUUAUAAUGAAGGCAGAAAAAUGGUAUGUAAUUUUUUCUAGAGUAGUCUUUCAGUGCUGUGCUUUUUUUAGGUUAGAUUGGGUUCCCUAUAUAGUUUUUUUGCGAGACAUUUACAAUAUUUUUUCUUUGCAAAACAUCUGCACUACUUAAAUUGGUUGUCCAUUUUAGUGGGUGGCUACCUGGGAACUAAUGUUGCCCAAAGGAAUUCAUGACAAGGGGGUAACAGUUCCGCAACUGUAGCAGGCUUUAAAAGAAGUGCUGUCUUACAGGACCCAAAUAUAACUUGGUGUAUACGGGGAUAGCCUGCUGUUUUUACUGAAAAGGAGUUUUCUUCCUGUCGGAUUCAUAGUACGAAGGAGAAAUUAAAGAAAUAUUGGAUGAAGAAGCAUGCGAUGGGACUUUUGCUACUGGUCAAUGUUCAAUGCUAUUAGCAAACACGACCGACCUCCUGUGUACCAUAUGCAUCAUGCAACUUUGCAGUUUCCAGUGAUAUAUAUCUUGUUAUUUUUAAACAACGCCAAAAUUGUGCUCAGCGAAAAUAUUAAAAAAAUUCAUGUCUUUAAAUACUGUUUUUUCUAUGCCUAUAUUUUUUGAGUUAGAUAUCUGGUCCCUGGAUAUGCUUUCUCGGGAAUAGCUUUCAUGAUAUGCUGGUUCUAAGACUUGCCUCUUAAUUAUCUAUGUACAGAGGCACAAGACCAAAAAAGAAGUUAUGGAGGAGAUAAUUGCAAAGAGCAAGUUUUUCAAGGUUAUUCUACUUUCCUGAUGAAUAUCCAUUUACUUCUCUGACAAUUUGAAAAUUUACUUCUUUGACAAUUUCAAUUUGACACACUUCCUGCAUGAUGACUUUGUUGUUACUAUAAGUUCUCUUGUCACUUGUGAGUAUGGGACUUUGAAUAAAGUGGUUGAUUUCAGCAUAUUAAUUGUAUUGAAUAAAGUUCCCCUUAAUUGUGAUGUGUAUGGUGGGAAGGUGGUAUAUAUGAUACAUAUAAAUGCAACUAGAUUAAGAUGGAAGCCAGAGAAAUGUGCUAUUAACUGCUUGGUUCUGGACCCUUGAUCUUUAUUUCAUCCUACCAAAGUACAUGUGCCUUAUGAAUAAUUAAGGCUUUUACUAUAAGUAAAAAGCCUUUCAUGCGUAUCUACAUGUAAAUCGUUAUGAAAGAUGACAAAUUGUCAUUUAUAUUAUCUAUUGCAUGGGAGAAAGUUGAGGGAAUCAUUUAAAAAGAAGCUAUUCUACUUUCAGGAAAUACUAUCUCCCUCUCUCUCUCUCUCUCACUCCCUCCCACUCUCACGUGUAUGAAUGUGUAUCUGUGCGUUAUAAUGAUAAAUAUAAAUAAAUGCUUUUUUUUCCUCCUUUGUCUACAAAAAAUAUGAUGAUAAUUAAUUAAUGACAGCGGAAUUUCGCUGACGAUGCACAAAAACCGCCUUAAAUACCGCAAAUUUCAUGGGUAAAUGAAUUUGUAUUUGCCUUUGUUAUUAUUUCAGACUCAGAAAGCAAUGGAGAAGGAAGUGGACGAACAUCUGACAGAACAGCUAGACAAAGAUUUUGCAUCAUUACUCCAAUCCAAGGCUUUUUUGUCUUUAAGUCAACCCAAUGAGGCGAAUGCUUUAAAGGAGCUUCCAACAAAAGGCCACAGCAAAUCUGAAUCAAAAGAAAAAGCUUUAGCGAAGGUACCGUAGAGUCCAAUUAAAUCACUUAUUAUAUUCCUUUGUUGAGCUUCAUGUUCAUUGCAUAUUUGAUGUGAAGAAGAUGUUACAAUUGACCUUCAAGAAAUAUCUGGAAAAUAAAAAGUAUUUCAUUGUUCUAUUCUAAAUUUUCAUUUUAUAUUUCUGUUAUUCUUCUUUGCAGAGAUUUAUUAACUCUGUAGCUGUUAUCAUGAACCCAAAAAAAAUUCUACAGCGAACAGAAAAAAAACGUUUACUAAAUAAAGAUGCCUUUAUUAUUUUCACUAAAUGUUUGAAUAUUUUCAAUAAUAAUGCUGAAUUGUCAUUGCGUUCUUCUCUUAUUCGUGUACUAGUGGUGACCUGCUUUUGGUUACAGUGGACAUGCUUGCCCUUAUUCUAUGUGUUCGUAUCCUAGGAGCAAUCUGAUGCUUAUGACAAACUUGUUAAAGAGUUGCCAAUGGAGAGGCGUGCUCGUCCAUCUGAUCGGAAAAAGACUGCAGAGGAAAUUGCGCAAGAUGAAAGAGAGAGGCUCGAAUUUUUGGAGGUCUUAUAUAAGUCAUCCUUUAUUGACUUUUUUACUGAUAAUUUAUUGAUCAGUAGAUAACUUUUAACUUCAUCUUUCAUUUCUACGAUAUCUUCUAGGAAGAACGUCAAAGAAGAAUGGGUGGUUUGGAAGAUUCAGAUGAUGACGAAGCUGAAGAUGACGACAGUGUUCGUAAAUCAGCACCAAAGAAAUCAAAACAUGUAUCAGGUGACGACCUAGGAGAUUCCUUGUUAUCUGGUGACGAUUUGGCUAAGAAAACAUGUCACAUUGAUGAUAUUGUUAGAAGUAAAUUUGGUGCCAAUACAAAGAUCGAAAAUUCUGACAAUUCCAGAGAUGAUGAAAGCGACGAAACUAGUGGCAAUGAUGAUAACAGCAACGAUGAUAGAAAUGAUGAUGAGGAUAGCAGUGAUGAGGAAGAAGAAGAUGAUGAAGACAGUGAUGGGAAUGAAGGUAACAGUGAUAUGCCACUAGUUAAAGAUUGGGAACAGAGUGAGGAUGACAAUCUCAGUACAGAUGACGAAGAAAUGAAGAACUCAGAAUUAGAAAACGUGAAAUCUCAAGGAUCCAAGUAUAAUUCUCCUGGUAAAAGGGAUACUAAUGAGAAGGAAUCAUCUUUAAUUGAGAAGAAAUCCCUUCCCUUCCUUAUCGAAGCACCGACAAACAUAAGAGAUCUCUGUUCAUUGAUUGACAAUCGUCCAGAGGCAGAAAUAGUUGAGGCAAUCAAUCGUAUCCGAGUAUGCAAUGCCAUAAGGCUUUCCACUGAGAACAGACGGAAAAUGCAGGUAUUCACUUCGUCUUGGAAAUAGGCUAAAAAGGUGUUUAAGCUUGGCAAAUAAGGUUACUAUGGUAAUUUAGGGGAUUUUUUUUCCCCCCUAAAACACUAUUUUAGAUUCACACGACUGCAACAAUUUUAAAAUUGAUGGAUUCUCAAUGUUGCAGGUCUUUUAUGGCGUUCUUCUGCAAUAUUUUGCUGUGUUAGCAACCAGAAAUCCCAUUAACUUUAAGUUGCUUAAUCUUUUGGUUAAACCCUUGGUGGAAAUGGGGACCGAGACUCCAUACUUCACAGCCAUCUGUGCUAGAGAACGACUUCUGCGUAUACGAAAUCAGUUUUGUGAGAAUGUUAAAAAUCCAGGUAUGUGAUAGAACGAUCCUGUUUCUUAAUCAUUUUUUCCUGCUUUGUUUUUUAACUUGCAUUCUUUAUUGACGUCUGCAGAAGAAAGUGCCUGGCCAUCUUUGAAGACUUUAUUUUUAUUGCGGCUAUGGUCGCUGACUUUCCCCUGCUCUGAUUAUCGACACAUUGUCAUGACACCUGCAACCUUGUUGAUGUGCGAGUACCUGAUGCGCUGUCCUAUAGUGACAGGCCGAGACACUGCUGUCGGAUCCUUCUUGUGCUCCAUGCUUCUAUCUGUAUGCGCCUAGUUUCAUUCGUUCUUGCUAUCAAUUAUCUUAUAGAACCUUCUGGUGGCAUUGAGUAUAGUUGUUUUGGCCUUCAUAUCCCAGAUAAGCAUCUUCAUGAACCAAUAUGGAGAUUAUUAAAUUUGUGCCUCUAAUGUGUUCUCGGCUGACAUUAGCAGACGUUUCGCUCAAUUUUUAGAGCAUUAGCUCCACCCUUUUGCUACAGGCAUAGGUCGUCGAGUUCCUUUUUAUCUUAUUAUCAAAGAUCAUUGAUUCUCUCUCUUAUUAAUCAUGGUCCAUCCAGGUUGCUAAACAGUCUCAGAAUAUUUAUCCAGAGGCUUUAAUGUUUCUGCAACUGCUGUUGACAUCUGCUACAGAAAAACCAGGAUCACAGAAACUUUCUGGGGUAAAGCAUUUGCGUCUGGACCUUGGUCAAAAAUUAAAAUGUUUCAUUUUUCUAAAUUGUUAGAUGCCCUUCUACAUUUUUAUUAUGAUAAUGAAAACUUUCUUUUGAACAGCUUUCUUUUGCAGAUUUCAAAAUAUUGAAGCCUUGGCUAUAUUUACGUUACCUUGUAUCUUCUGUUGAUCCUGUCAAUUUCUUCUCGAUCAUGAGCAUGCCAGCAGACUCUGCGUUCUUUCUAUCAGAUAAUUUCAGGUAAAAGGAAAUCUGAUCUGCUUCAGUUGGCAAGCAAUGUCCUCACUGUUGGAAAUUAGAAAGUCACUUUCUAAUUAACUUAAUGGAUCACUGCAGGGCGAGUAUUCUCUCAUCUGUUGUCGAGACUUUGCGGGGAUUUGUGAAUAUCUAUGAAAAUUUGGUCUCCUUCCCCGAGAUUUUCAUGCCGAUGUCCUCACUGUUGGAUGAAGUAAUUGAACAGGCUAACCUUCCAGACUUUCUACGAGGAAAUAUGGAGGCCGUCACUGAUCUGAUCAAGAAGAAAGCUGACAAGCAUGAGACAUUGAGGCUACCCCUUCAAAUGAGAAAGCAAAAGCCUGCACCAAUCAAACUACUAAAUCCGAAAUUUGAAGAAGAGUAUGCAUCCCCGCUCUCCAGCUGCGAUGUGUUUUAUUUGGCAAUAUUUUAUUUCUUGUUUAAAAUUAUUUAUUUUUAUCGUCUCUUGGGAUCUUUCAAGCUCCACAACCAGGUAGUAAGCAAGUCUUGCAUGAGGCAUCAUAUGUUAUUUUUUAUUCAUUUCAUAAGAAUGUCAUCUUUCUCUGGCUAGCUUCUCAUCUUGGCCCGGCCAUCUGAUACCCACAUGGCUAUCAGAUUUUAUUUAUUUUUUGCCUACCACACCUUCCGCACCAUUCUAAUGGUCGUCGUCUCUUCUCCAGGUUUGCCAAGGGAAGGGAUUACGACCCCGAUCGUGAGCGGGUAGAAAGGAAGAAGCUGAAGAAGCUUUUGAAGAAGGAAGCAAAGGGGGCUGUUCGGGAGCUCCGGAAGGACAACUAUUUCCUGCAUGAGGUGAAGAAGAAGGAGCGAGUUCUGAUGGAGGAAGAGAAGGUGGAGAUGUAUGGAAAGGCCAGAGCUUUUCUCCAAGAACAGGAGCAUGCUUACAAAUCAGGGCAGCUAGGGAAAGGCAAGAAAGGAAACAGAUGA